UCAUGUCCAGAGGCGCGCGCGGGCUGUGCGCUCUGGCGCUUCUGUGCGCGCUCGGCCUGGCCCAGCCCUGCGGCCCCGGCCGCACCCUGCGCGGCACGGGGACGGACGCGCGCUGCUGCCGCUCGUGCGCGCCGGCCCAGGACGCCUGCCCCGAGCCGAACUGCACCUGUGCCACCCCGGAGUUCCACUGCGGGGACCCCGGCUGCAGCAGCUGCAAACAUCACCCCUGUCCCCCUGGCCAGCGGGCGCAGCCUCACGGAAAAUUCGUCUUUGACUUCGACUGUGUGGACUGUGAACCUGGACGCUUCUCCGGGGGCCGUGAGGGCCACUGCAGGCCAUGGGCAGACUGCUCCCAGUUGGGGUUCUCCACCGUGUUCCCGGGAAACAGGACCCACAACGCCGUGUGUGUCCCGGGGUUCCCGCCGGCUGCUGGGCGCAGCGGGUCGUCCGUGGCUCUCCUCGCUGUGGCUGCUUGCAUCCUGGUCCUGGUUGGGGUCCAACUGAGCCUGCACCUCUGGCAGCUGAGGCGGCCCCAUGUGUGGUUUCCAGGGAGCCCGCUGCUCCAGGACGCUGCUGCGGGCCGGGGGCCGCCCGCGGACGAUUCCUGCAGCUGCCAGUUCCCCCAGGAGGAGCGGGGUGAGCAGCGGCCGGAGGACAAGGGGCGGCUGCAGAACCUGUGGGUGUGA